UACGCUCUCUCUUCUCUCAGCUCUCUUGGCGAGCUAGCUAGCCAGAAUACAAGCACAGCAACAUGGAUGGAGUGAGGAGUGAUGUGAAGGUGGUGGAGAGUCCAAGGAGAGUAAGGCUUUAUGAUGUCUUGCUGCGAUUUCUGGGGCUGGUUUUUACUCUGGCUGCUGCUGUUCUUGUGGGUGCUACCAAGGAGACCAAGACUGUUCCUAUCUCUCUUGCAGAUGGUUUACCCACCUUGCAUCUUACUUUCACAGCUAAGUGGCAAUACAUGUCUGCUUUUGUGUACUUCUUGGUGUCAAAUGCCAUAGCUUGCUCGUAUGCAGCAGGAUCUUUGGCAUACUCUGUGGCAGCCCUAAGCUUCAAACACAAUGCAACGGUGGUACUAAUCAUCCUAGACCUAAUAAUAAUGGCGCUACUGUUCUCCGCCAAUGGGGCAUCCGCUGCUGUUGGUAUCAUUGGCCAACAUGGGAAUUCACACGUGCAAUGGAGAAAGGUCUGUGAUUUGUUUGAUGACUAUUGCCACCACAUGGCCGCUGCCCUAGUCCUGUCUCUGUUUGGCUCUUUUGCCUUUAUUUGGCUCGUGGUCCUGGCUGUUUUGGGACUGCGUAAGAAACAGAAAUAAAGCCAAAGGGUCUUGGAUAUUAGCCGUCAUGGAAAACUCUGUCUGUAAUAGUACUUGACUAGUAUUAAAUACUUCUGCAUUGGACCUUAUGUAAUAGUACUUGACUAGUAUUAGAUACUUCUGCAUGGACCUUAUGGCAUUCAGAAAGAAGAAAAAUAGAAGGGCUAGCUGGCUGCUUAAUGCUGUGUUCUGUAGUAAAAUUUGAUGCCUGCUGUGGCAGCUGCUUGGUGUGGCUUAAUUAAUAAUUACUGCUUCUGUGCAAAA